AAUACGGGGAAUAAUGCACGUGAUAAAUCUCAAGCAACUUGCACCUGAACCUUGCGAUUCAUACAUGGGAACCUUCGGAGAAGCCAAGGCUGACAACAUUCGUAAAUCCAAAAGAAUUUAACUUAAACCCGAAACCGUACACCAAUUGAAAAUUAAAAUAUUUCUAAACGCCAUUGAUAUUAAGCUCAAGUUUAUCAUCCAAGUUCAUGUACCUUCCCUUUUAUAAAGACCCUCAUCUACUUUCUCUUUCAACUUUCAAUAUUCAAUUCACAACCUAAUACCAUCCAUCCCUCAACAACACAAUCCACGAUCCUUCUCUCAACACCACACAAACGAUAAAAAAACACAGAUUGCCUAAGACACUGCAACAAAGACAUUUCGGUUACAAAAAUGUACGAAGAAACUACCUACGAGUCCGAUUUGGCUCUUUUGGAUUCCAUUCGCCGCCACUUACUCGGGGACUCCGAGGAUCUCAAAUUCGGACCCCCGAUUGUUAACUCGGGCAACACUUCCCUUUACUCUCGGAGCUCCAGUUUCGGUAGGUUGUACCCGUGUUUGAGUAACGACUGGGGAGAACUUCCUCUCAAGGAAGAUGAUUCGGAGGACAUGGUGCUCUACGGUGUUCUUCGCGAUGCCGUCAACGUAGGGUGGGUCCCCUCUCUCAACGCGGACUCACCGGACAGUUUUUCUUCGGGUUUCAUCCCGGAAGUGAGUGUGAAACCCGAACCGGAUGUAUUUCAGGCACCGGAACCUGUUUUCACUCCCCCGGUGAUUCCCAAGGAUGCACCGGCGGUUGUUCCGGCGAAGGGGAAGCACUACCGCGGCGUGAGGCAGCGGCCGUGGGGAAAAUUCGCGGCGGAGAUCCGCGACCCGGCUAAAAACGGGGCUAGGGUUUGGCUCGGAACGUUUGAGACGGCUGAGGACGCCGCGCUGGCUUACGACCGAGCCGCGUACAGAAUGCGCGGGUCUCGGGCUUUGUUGAAUUUCCCGCUUCGGAUUAAUUCGGGCGAGCCCGAACCGGUUCGGGUGACGUCGAAGCGAACGUCGCCGGAGCCUUCGUCUUCGUCGGAGAGUGGAUCGUCGGCUAAGAGGCGGAAGAAAGUGGUGGGGUCGACUGUGACGGCUCCUAGUGGAUUGAGAACAGGGCAAGGGAAGUCAAGUGGCUCAGUGCACACGUGCGGAACAGUUGUUGGUUAACUAAUGCGUUAUGGUGACGUGGAUUUCAGUGCUCUUUUUGUAAAUUCCGGUUUGUAGUUAUCUGAUUCUGAGAAGAUGCGUGUGGCAGUGGCAGAAAGAAGCUCUUAUUAAAAAAAAAUUAAAACAAUAACCCAAAAAGGAAAGGAAAGUGGCACAGUGCAAAACAUGCAUUGUUGCCUCAAUUCAUUCGAGUGGCAGCCAUAAAAGCUAAACCAGAAAAAAUAAAAAAUAAAAAAACAGAGCUGGAAAAUGAAAUUAGUGGUGGAGGUUUUGUUGGGUUUGUGAAUACAGUCCCAAUAUUUGUCAUUUUUUGGUUCAAUAUUUAUGAAAUUUGUGAAUUGGGUUGCAUCUUA